UUGCAAAGCAGGCUGCUGGCAUGUGACAGACCACUCUUCACUCUCACUUUUAGACAUGUCCACACUGAGCAACUGGAUUGCUGUGCCUUCAUCCUCCUUCAAACGAGAUCGACUCCGGCGUCAUUCUAAUUCACCCAUUUGACCGAUCAUGGCUCACCUGCUUCGAGGAAAGCAGGCGGGCAUCCAGAAUGAUCUGAGCGCCGGCCUGCAACCCGAUCUGUUCGCCGUUGACGAUCUCGCACGGUAUGGCGUCAAUUCGCAAGUCUCAGCUUUGGCCUAUGAUCCGGUGCAGUCAUUACUUGCAGUGGGCACGAAAAGCUCCCAAUUCGGACCCGGUCAAAUUUAUAUCUUUGGCAAAGGUCGAAUCCAGGCAGUAUUGCCUGCGCCAGCACGCGGGGCCAGCAUACAGACAUUGCACUUCUGUGCUGAGAAGCUCGUAUGUCUGGAUUCCAAGCAUGAGCUGUCGGUCUAUUCGAUCGAAUUGAAGAGGUUGAUCAGCUCGCAUUCCCCGCUGGGUGCUGCAAAUGUGCUGUGCACCGAUCCUAUGCUGGAUUAUGCCUUUCUCGGGAUGCAGUCCGGCGAAGUUGUGGCGUAUGAUAUGGAUCGAGAGGGUCCGGCACCUUUCAAGAUUCCCAACUUGUGGCAGGAUGUCGAUCCCAAGGCCCGGAUAGCGACCGUGGUCUCCUUGCAGCUUCAUCCUCGCGACAUUGGCACCUUGUUGAUCGGCUAUAGACAAGGCGCUGUGAUUUACAGCUUCAAGCUCAAUAAAGCGCUGAGACACUUCCAAUAUGAAGUACCUCGCGGAGCACCCGGAGGGGAUAGCGAUCCAACAGGAGCCAACAUCGUUAGGCGGCCUCUCCUCACACACGCUGUCUGGCAUCCCACUGGCACUUUCAUUAUGACCGGCCACGAAGACAGCUCAAUCGUCUUCUGGGACACUCUCAAAGAUGGCCGCAUGCUGAUGGCCAGGACCCUGACCGACACGAAUGUUGCCACUCCCGGAGCCACAGCAGGCGCCAUGGGCGAUCGAGGUACCUUUGCUGUCAAGGAGCCACUCUUCAAAAUGUCAUGGUGUGCACAUGGGCAGGAUCCCGAAGACACCAUGAUACUUGUUGCCGGAGGUCAGUCUACCCAAGCGCCCAGCAAAGGCUUGACCUUGUUCGAGAUGGGACGGACACCCGUCUAUGCCACCAGCGCAUGGGAAACGUUCGUUACAUACUUCGACGCACCCAAGAGGCAGCGCAUAUUGCCGACACCGCCUGGAUCGGAAGUCGUAGAUUACUGCCUCAUUCCUCGCACUUCGCCACACUUUGCUGGCGCACAUGAUCCCAUUGCCAUCAUUGCCCUGCUGUCGUCUGGUGAGAUGCUCACGCUUUCGUUUCCGUCCGGGAUGCCCAUCAGCCCCACGAAUCAGCUUCACCUUUCCUUGACCUUUGUGCACCCAUACAUUCAUCACAUCACAACUUCACAGAUAGGGCGCGAAAGAUGGCUAGGCUGGACAGAGCGCAGGCAGCUAGGGCCCGCGAUGCUCACUGGUGGCAUUGAGGAGCCACGUCAGCUGCGCCGAUUUGAAGAUCGCAACAUUGUUUCAGCCGUACACGCAGAUGGAACGAUCCGACUCUGGGAUCCUGGAUAUGGCGAUGAGAUUGAAAACGACAAGCUAGUGCAGGUUGAUGUCGCACGAGCAAUCGGCAGAUGGGACAACGUGCAGGUCACGACAACAUCUUUUGCGAGUGCAUCGGGAGAGCUCGCUGCUGGUCUUCGUAGCGGCGAAUUCGUUGUAUUCAGAUGGGCAAACAACAGACAUGCUGGGAGAGAACCGCCAGCACCAAAGCCGAGUCAGCCAGGUGCUAUUGUCAACAUUGCAGAUAAUAUGGACCCUGGGUUGAGUGAAGGCCUAGGUCCGCACAUCAUGGUCGACCAGAAAGAUGGCCCAGUGACUGCGGUCUGCCAAAGCGAGAUCGGUUUUACAGCUGCCGCAUUCGAAGGUGGAAGUGUUAUCCUGAUCGAUCUGCGGGGACCUGCCAUCAUACUCAGGACCUCCGUACAAGACUUCGCCAAGAGCAGCAGAGGUGGCAGUCUGCGGCGACGAUCUAGUGCCGCUGGCAAUAAGCCGGAGUGGGCAACGACACUAGCAUUCAGCAUCAUGGUACUAGAUGGCGAUGACUACAGCUCGAUAGCAUUGCAUGUCGGGACAAACCUGGGCAACCUCGCAACGUUCAAGGUCAUUCCAGACCCAAGUGGACGUUAUACGACACAAUUCGCGGGGCAUGUUGCCUUGGGUGACACGAGAGUGAUGUACACUGCCCCCAUCACUGCUGACACUGGAAAGCCUGCGACGGCCACACAGACAGUCAUGGGCAACUUGCGAAGUGGGCUUAAAGUCAAUGGCGCUCUCAUCGCCGUGACACCUACAAACGUCCACAUCUUCAAGCCUGCGACGUCGAAAGGCGCUCACAAGUCAUUCGACAACUUCUUCUGUGAUGCAGCCGGCGUAGUGCGGUACCAAGACCAAGGAUAUGCCCUUCUUGCGAUGUUUGGCGACGGGCGAGCUCGUGCGUACACUAUUCCAUCCCUCCGAGAGCUGGCUUCCAUCGAUCUGUCGAACAUUAACAACACUGGCACUGGCGUCGACAUCAAGCGGUUGGGUAACGCAGCUAUCAUGCCCACCGGUCAUAUCCUGGCUUUUACUGGUCCUUCAGAGCUGGCACUGCUCCACGUCUUUGGCACUGGCGAGACGCUACCACGAAGACAGGACAAGUUGUUCAGUCCUGAACGUUUGAUCCCUCCUCGACCAACCAUAUCGACAGUUCAGUGGCUCACUGGUACACAGUAUUUGACGCCAUCCGACAUGGACAUCCUCAUCGGUGGACCAGAUCGCCCUCCGAGCAAGCGAAUGAUUGCGCAAGCGAAAGCAGAAGAGGAGCAGCGACGAAAAGCCGGGCGUUCGGCCACAGCUUCUGCAAACGUCGGACAGCAGGACGAGGGAUAUUGGGCGUAUAUGCAGAGGCAGCUCGCGGAGAGGACGGAGAAGUUGAACUUGGUCGGAGACAACAUGGAGCAGUUGGAGCAAAACAGCAGCAAUUGGUUGAACGACGUGAACAAGUUUGUCAACAAGCAGAAGAGGAAUGCUGCUGGAGGGAUCAUCAAAGCCAAGUUUGGCUUCUGAUCCUGCUCGUUCUCGGAUUUCGAGCCUGCUCAUAUUUUCACAUGCUGCCUCUGAGGGCCGUGCAGUGUCUAGGGAAUCCAAUAGAGCAUGUGAGAGCCUUCACACUUUCAUGUGGAAGGCACCAGAUCAGAAUGGAAGGCCAGCGAGAUCAACGAGCACGCGGCAAAGCGACGUAGGCCAAUUAUGACAGUGUGCGCUGCAGCUGGAUGCUAGCAUCACACCGCAACUGAAGUCCUUCACAGUUUCGAGUCAUCACGGCCGUAGGUCUCCAUCCUAGAUGUAUUGCUGACAGAGCACACAGUACGACAGAAAGCGCACGAAG